AUGGCCGAGAAAGGGAGACUCAGCUUCACCGGCUCGUCCGGUCUCAACAAGCCGGUGCCGAUGAACCUCUUCGCCACCUGGGAGAUAGACGGCUCAUCGCCCAGCUGCAUACCCAGAUUGUGCAGUUUGACAUUGAAGAAACUGGUUGUCGUAAAGGAGUUGGACAAGGAACUCACUUCAGUUGUUAUUGCUGUUAAGAUGCAGGGCUCAAAAAGAAUCUUACGAUCGCAUGAGAUUAUAUUGCCACCUAGUGGACUAGUGGAAACUGAUCUCGCAUUAACUUUUUCACUUCAGUAUCCUCAUUUCCUCAAAAGAGAAGGCAACAAGCUGCAAAUCAUGCUUCAGAGACGAAAGCGAUACAAGAACAGGACCAUUCUGGGAUACAAGACCCUGGCACUUGGGUCUAUCAAUAUGGCAGAGGUAAUGCAACAUCCAACAGAAGGUGGCCAGAUCCUCACACUGCUCAGUAACCUCAAACAAGCUGCAGUGAAAGUGGCUGAAAUCUGGAUCUUUGCACUGUCCAGCCAGCCAAUUGAUCAUGAGGACAGUUCAAUGCAGCCAAAUCAGAAGAUAAAAUCAACAGAUAAUUACUCAGAGGAAGAGUAUGAAAGUUUUUCAUCUGAACAGGAAGCAAGUGAUGAUGCAGUCCAAGGACAAGAUAUGGAUGAUGAUGAAUAUGAUAUGGGCAAGCCGAAAAAGCAAAGGCGGACAAUCGUAAGAACAACCUCGAUCACAAGGCAACAGAACUUCAAGCAGAAAGUAGUUGCCCUACUGAGACGGUUCAAGGUUUCAGAUGAGGUUCUUGAUUCAGAGCAGGAUCCCACAGACAACGUGCAAGAAGUGGAGGAGGACCUAGACCUGUUGUACGACAGCUUGGAUGUGGAAAAUCCCAGUGACAGUGGCCCCGACAUGGACGAUGAUGACAGUGUCCUCAGUACUCCAAAACCAAAGCUCAAACCUUACUUUGAAGGCUUGUCACACUCCAGUUCCCAGACUGAAAUUGGCAGCAUCCAUAGCUUGAGAAGCCAGACCAAAGAACCGCCCAGUCCUGUAGAUGCACCGGAAAAGCUCAAGAGCUCUGCAAGCAAGUUUCAGAUAGAUAGUGUUUCCAAUACAUUGUCAUUGGGACAGUUAUCUGGGAGCAGAGAUCAAAUACAACAGGAAGAGGCAGCAGCGGCAUCUGAAAGCAUCAGUGCAGACACCUUUCUGGAAAGGCUCCCUCCCAGUGGAAAAAUCACAAAGACAGAGUCUUUAAUUAUUCCUUCUACUAGGACCGAAGGGAAACAGGUGGGACGCCGUGGAAGAAGCACAUCCCUGAAAGAAAGGCAGCCCGCAAGGCAGCAGAAUGAACGGGCUAACAGCUUGGAUAAUGAGCGUUCACCAGAGCCAAGGCAGCAUCUGCAGGUGCAGCACCAGAUCCCUCGGAAAACCGUCUAUGACCAGCUGAAUCACAUCCUAAUUUCAGAUGAGCAAUUACCAGAAAACAUAAUUCUUAUCAAUACAUCAGACUGGCAGGGUCAGUAUGUAUCGGAGUUACUUCAGAAACACAAUCUCCCUAUUGUGUGCACGUGUUCUUCAGCAGAUGUACAAGCAGCCUUCACAACCAUCGUCUCCAGGAUACAACGCUUCUGCAACUGUAACUCCCAAACACCAAACCCCAUUAAAGUGACAGUGGCUGGGGCCCAGAAUUACCUAAGUGCUAUCCUGAGGCUUUUUGUGGAGCAGCUAUCUCACAAGACUCCUGACUGGCUUGGAUACAUGAGAUUUCUCAUUAUUCCCCUUGGUUCUCACCCAGUGGCCAAAUACCUCAGCUCCAUAGAUUACAGGUACAACAAUUUUUUCCAGGAUGCAGCAUGGCAAGAUUUUUUCACCAAAACAGAGGCUCCUUCAAUAGUGCAGGAAAUACCGGACGUUGUCACUAGAGUUACCCAGUACAUCUCCAAUGCAAACAUCUCCCACCAAUUACCUAUAGCGGAAGCUAUGUUAACUUACAAACAGAAAAGGAAAAAGAGCUUUCAUUUUGAUUUUAACAUAAGCCCAGAUGAAGAUUCCUGUCAGAAGUUUAUUCCAUUUAUUGGGGUGGUGAAAGUCGGAAUUGUGGAGCAGUCUUCAGCGACGUCAGGUGAUUCUGAUGAUGCUGCUACUUCAGGCCCUAGUGUCUUGUCUUCUACUCCUCCAACACUGUCUCCAGCAAUGAAAGAAGCUUCCCCUACACCACCUUCCUCCCCGUCUGUUGGAAGUGGACUGUACUCGAGUUCACAGAGCCUUGGCCACAGUGGAGAACUGAUGGGACUGCAGGUUGACUACUGGAUUGCACAACAGCUGGCUGACAAGAAGAAGGAUCCAGAGAAGAAGGAUGCUACAGCAAAGAACACACUGAAGUGUACCUUCCGUUCCCUUCAGGUCAGCAGACUGCCAAGCGGUGGAGAAGUUACAACCCUGCCGACAAUGUCUAUGACAGUGGUGACAAAGGAGAAGAACAAAAAGGUGAUGUUUUUGCCUAAGAAAGCAAAAGACAAAGAAUUGGAAUCUAAGAGCCAAGUGAUUGAAGGCAUCAGCCGAUUGAUCUGUACUGCAAAGCAGCAACAGACUAUGCUGCGAGUAACAAUUGAUGGAGUGGAAUGGAACGAUGUGAAAUUUUUCCAGCUUGCUGCUCAGUGGUCCUCUCAUGUGAAAUACUUCCCAAUUGGCAUCUUUGGCCAUUUGAAAUCAGCUUACUAAACCUUCUCAGCUAAGCAAGAAAUAUUUAACCUGUAGCUGGUCUAGGAGCCAGCAACUAGUCAGUGCCAAGAACCUAUUUCGAACUGGAGGUGCCUGCUGCUUGCGUGCAGUGUCAGAGCUUUGCAUUUUUUUCUUAAAAACAAUGAUCUAAGGCAAGGAAUAAAAUACAUAUCCUUAUCAGCCUUAUCAGAAGGUAAUCUGAGCAUGUUGCGGCACUUUUUUUCUGUGGGAAGGGGAGGGUGCCAUAUGGAUGUAAUUUUGGGUGAACCAUUUGCCCUGUUUCCUUAUGGCCAUUGCUUCCUGUUUUUCAGCUCUUGAUAGAUAGAAGUGAAGUCUGCAUAUUGAAGUGUAAACCACAAUUUGGCCAUAUCUCAUCCACAUAGGCCAAAAAAAAAACUGACUGCAAUUAAAUAUUGUUACAGCAAACCAAUUUUGUGGUCCACAUGACCCUAGUGUACACCACCCAACCCCUGCACCCACCCCCAGUAAAUGCAUUCUGAAUCUUGAGAGCAAGUUUGUUAAAUGCCUAGAUGGCCAUUGCAGUCCCCCUCUUAGCUCCCCAGUCCCCACAAUUUCCAUAGUGGCUACGUAUGGAGUGGGCCUUCAA